AUACGAUAGUGUACAUCUCUUCGACCAUCUAUGAUCUAAGGUACACCUCCCCUUACUGUCAAAGAGAUUAUUUGAGUAGAAAAUUUCAGUGUAUGACAAACCAAACGCAAUUUUUUCCAGCCUGUCUCAACUGCGCAUGCGCUACUUCGCGAUAGAUUCGAUCAUUGUUGAUGUAAGUUGGAAGUAAAUUCUUUAGAGGUGCUACUGAGAUGCCUGUUGGUAGAGUGAGAACGAAACUUGAGAAAUCAGGAGAAAUUGUAGCGUAUAGUGAAGCAGCUCGAAGGAACAAUGCUGUUAUAGUGGAAUACUGCAGAACAUCUAUGGCCGCCUUGUCAGGCGGAACUGCUGGUCUGCUUGGAUUCACAGGGUUGUAUGGUUUCGCAUUUUAUGUUUUCGCUUUGUUGGGACUAUCAGCGUUAAUUCUUCUAAAGGCGGGGUCGCAGUGGAAGAAAUACUUCAUCAGUAGGACACACAUUGUGACAAACGGGUUCUUUGGCGGAUUGUGUACCUACGUGCUCUUUUGGACAUUUUUGUAUGGCAUGGUCCACGUCUAUUAGAUGGUAACAUGGCUUAUGAAGUUGGCAGUUUGUCAAGUCUAAUUUCUGGAAUAAAAGAAAAUAGCAAUGAAAAGAUUAUUUUUCAAAAGAAAGUUAUAAAACAACAGUUUCCAUUAACUGAGAAAACAUCACAAAACAAAAGGAAAACAUCCAGCUAUGAAAAUAUUACAAUAAAGUCAAAACUACACAGAACAGAAAAUUGUUCUGAAGAAAUAUCAGAUGCAGAUGCCACAGAUCAUUUUAGUUCAACACCUGACCUUAAUGAUAGCGGAAAUGUGAGCAAUAAUGCCUUUAAUGCACUGAAACGUAUACAAUUGAAGCAGAAUAAUGGAAAACCUACCCGCGACACAGAGCAAGAAGAGAGAACAAUUUUUGUGAAAAACCUUCCACACACUUUAAAUAAAAAGAAGAUAAAGAAAAUCUUUAAAGAAUUUGGUGAAAUUGAAUCAAUAAGAUUAAGAUGUGCUGCUGUGGAGGACAUAAAAAUCUCAAAGAAAUUUGCUGUAAUCAAGAACAAAUUUCAUGCUGAGAGAUCAACUAUUUCAGCAUUUGUUCGCUUUGAACUUAAAGAAGAUGCAUUAUCUGCACUAGCUGCAAAUGGAACACUUGUUGAAGAUCAUCACAUUUUUGUGGAUGAAGCCUUGAACUCAAAUAAGCAUGAUCAAAAGAGAUCUGUUUUCUUAGGAAAUGUUCCAUUCUCAACUGAAGAAGAAGAAAUUUGGAGAAUAUUUGAGAAAUGUGGUAGGAUACUGGACAUCAGAAUUGUAAGAGACAUGAAAACUGGUAUUGGGAAAGGAUUUGCUUAUGUCACCUUUGAGAGUGCAGAUGCAGUGGAACUGGCAUUAAAUCUUCAUGGAACAUCACUCAAAGACAGGCCACUACGUGUAUCAAGAGUUAUUCGAAAGAAGAAAUUUGGAGUUAAUAGCCGCAGUAACAAAAUGAACUGUCAUUCUGCCAGAAAAUCUGGACAAAAUCCUCAUUUCAAAGAUAUUGUCAGAAUGAAAGCUGCAAAGAGGAAGGAGCAUAGUAGUAAAGAAAGUAACAUUCCAGACAGAAAAUUUUCUGAACAUACAUCAGAUAAAACAGUGAAACCAAAACAGAAAAGGUUGCCUUUCCAAGGGCAAAAGAGUCUUGAUAGGAAGCAGAAGAAAAAACAGAAAAUAAAUAAAACUGAACAGAAGAAAAAGAUUAUAGCCCUGAAGUUGAAACAUAAGGCCAAAUCUGCAAAUGAGAAGACCAAGAAAAUAAAACAUUCUGUUUAAUAGUGUAGUUUCAUGUAUGUAAUGUAUAAUACUGAAUAAAGUAAUGCUACUGUCAGAAAAA